AUGCGUACGUUCGCUUGCUUUCAACCAGCCCGCCAGAGUCAUGGCACUGACUUCUCGAUAGAUCGAUUCCGGGCAUGGGCACAUUCUGCCGCCCACAAAAACAAGUUCAAUCCAUGGUCCCAGGUCGAUAGUUCUAUCCAGCCAAAGGGUAAGGCUCGGAGUCCGCACACCAAUGCCCGAACCGGCGGUCAAGGUGAACAGCAACCGAAACCCUCUGUCGCCAAGCGAGUCCUUGCGAAUACCAAAACGGCAUUAUUCCAUAGCUGGGUAAAUGUGCUGUUGGUAUUUGUGCCAGUCGGCAUUGCCGUCCAUUUUGCUGGUGUCGACCCUAAUGUUGUCUUCGCCUUGAAUGCGGUCGCCAUCAUCCCCUUGGCCGGGCUUUUGACCUUUGCCACGGAAAGUGUCGCGCAUCGACUUGGUCCUACAUUGGGCGCCUUGCUAAAUGUCAGUUUCGGAAAUGCGGUCGAAUUGAUUAUUUUUAUCAUUGCUCUGGUCAAAAAUGAAAUCCGAAUCGUGCAAGCCUCCCUCAUUGGGUCCCUGUUGGCGAAUUUGCUUCUGAUCCUGGGAAUGGCGUUUUUGAUUGGCGGUCUGGAGUUUCAGGAACAAAUAUACGACAGCACUGUCACUCAAAUGUCGGCAUGUUUGUUAGCUCUUGCGGUCCUCAGCCUGCUUAUUCCGACAGCCUUCCAUGCGUCCUUCAACGAUCUUGAUGUUGCCGACAAAGCCGUGAUCAAACUCAGUCGGGGCACUUCAGUAAUACUGCUUAUUAUUUAUUUUCUGUAUCUCCUCUUUCAACUCAAGUCUCACGCAUACCUCUAUCAAGGGACACCUCAACAUGUCAUCGAUGAGGAAGCGGUACCGGGCUUUUUGUCACGCUUUGAUUCAACGAGCUCCUCAUCAGCAAGCUCUUCGCGGGUUUCAACAGCCAGUUCGGGCUCGCAGCGCCGUGUCCGCAAGAGACUGAAGAUGCAGCUGGGCAGAAAAAGACACGAGAAAAUCGAGAUCGAAGACGAAGCUGACAUCGGCGGAACUGAGCAAAGCAAUGCAAUAACUCCGGGAGAUAUCCUGGCAGAAAAGACUGAGGAGCCUGCAGAAAUGGAGACAGGGUCAGACCCGACGAUAUCACUACCACCCACGAAUACAUCUACACCCGCUGCUCCGACGGGGACAACGGCAAAUCCUGCUACCAAGGGUAAAAAGCCGGUCCUCGGACCUCGCGGUAUUUCCAUCCGCACGCCACCGGUAUUCCGUUCUUCAACACUUCCGCCGGGAGGAAACAAGCCACCCGAGCACCAAUAUAACGGCAACCUCCGUCGAUACCGCUCAGACCCUGAUCACGGUGCAGACUCACGCCGCGGCUCGGGUCCUCUUGCGCGGCGUGCCAUGGCGCCCAGCAUUCCGGCCGAUGAUGAAGAUGCACCACCCAUGGGCCAGACCGCCUCGAUUAUUCUCCUACUUAUUUCGACCGGGCUUGUAGCCCUGUGCGCAGAAUUUCUCGUCGGCAGCAUUGAACACUUGGUGGAAAACUCGCCACUAUCCGAGGCUUUUGUCGGGUUGAUCAUCUUGCCCAUUGUCGGCAAUGCCGCCGAGCAUGUGACUGCCGUGACCGUCGCAGCGAAAAACAAACUCGACUUGGCCUUAGGUGUGUCCUUAGGCAGCUCGAUUCAGAUCGCUUUGUUCGUUACACCCGUGGUUGUCAUCCUAGGCUGGAUCCUAAACAAGGACAUGUCUUUAUACUUCAGCCUGUUCGAGACCGGGUCGCUGUUCGUUUCGACCUUUAUUGUCAAUUUCCUGGUGCUUGAUGGGAGGAGUAAUUAUCUAGAGGGCGCAUUGCUUUGUGCAUGCUACGUUAUUGUUGCGUAA